GAUCGUGCCAUAAGCCUCUCGAUACUAAGGGGAAAUGUAUUUCGCCUCUCUUUGCGCAGUGUAUGCUUUGUUUGAGUCGAUCGGAGCUUUUGGGUACCUUCUACCAGGUGAACUUCGAAACGUUGUUACCAUUCUUGGAUCCAGGAAUGGCGGUCCAUUUGGGUCUUGGAGAGAUAAUCAGUACUGCCCAAGAUCGACGUACGCAGUUGGUUAUCAAAUUAAGGUUGAACAAAGUGUCGGAAGUCAUGAUGAUGACACAGCCCUUAACGGCAUCAGUCUUGUAUGUGCAAACCUCGAUGGGGAAGGGUUUGGCACCGUUUCCUCCGGCUUCGAACAGUUUGGUUCGUGGUACGGCAUCGCGACUUGUCCCCAUGGACUAUUCAUGAUCCAGUUCAACUUCAGAGUGGAGCCGUAUCUGGGUCAUGGCGACGACGAUACUACGGCAAACGACAUUGAGUUCAUUUGCGACAGAAGCCCGAAUACGCAAGCUGUAAUCCAUGCGCCAGAAGGAACAACUUGGGGCAGCUGGGCCUUGAGCAGCGCAUGUCCAUUGAACUCCGGCAUCUGUGGCAUUCAAACCAAAAUUGAAAGUUACCUUAGUCAUAAUGAAGACGAUACCACUCUCAAUGACGUCAAGAUGUUUUGCUGCGACGACUAAAUAACUUAUUUUGUUAUUUCCUGCCGCUUCAACAACGCGGGGAAUCACGCACAUGCCGUGCUUCCCCGCGUUGUCAAUAAGAAUUAGGGUGUGUUGAAAUAGAAUAAACACGCGUUGCAAUCAG